AUGCCAUGGACUUGGGAUUCGCCAUCCCCUGCAGAAAGCAUGGAACACAUGGAUGACAAGAUCCUGCAGAAAAUCAACGAGUCGUAUGUCCAAUCCUUGAUGAAGAUGAUGUCCUCCAAAGUCUUGAAGGAGCUACGGGCAGAGAACGAGACGAUACAACAACACCUGGGAGCGCUCACCUCAGAUGUCCACCUUUUGGCUUCUCAACUUGCAUCGCGAAAGGAGGACAAGUCCUGGCACCAUGAAGCAAAGUUGGAAGCCCUCAGAGAGGAGUUGCACCUCGGAGCUGCACGUGAGAAAGAGCUGGUUGCGGAGUUGGGUCAGCUGAAGCGACUAGUGGAAGGCCGUCACGAGGAUCUCCUUGCUCAUCAUCGGCACUUGGAUAAGGACCUGCGAACAGCGCUGCGGGAACUGCGAAGCGACGCAUCGGAGGUGCAGCGGGAUUCCUUGAACUCCUUGCAGGAUGUGCGAAGCUCGCUGCGCGACCUGCGGAGCGACCUGGAGGAACAGCGGGAAGCCUUGAAAUCGCUCCAGGAGACUGACUUCCUGAAGCAAUUGGGUGAUGCGCGACAAGCGCUCGCAGAUCUGCAAGAGGAGCGGCAGUGGCAUGAAGAUGCCAUGAAACAGCUCAGAGACAGUCAUCAGGAUCAACAGAUGCGCCGGCAAGCCGACUCUGCAGACUUGGACCAGCGUGUGGAGGGCUUCCGACAGAUGUUGGAGUCCACCUUGCCCAACGACGAGCUGGAAAAACGCCAUCAGGUCUUGACGCAGCACAUGGAGCAGCUCAUGGCACAGCUUGAGAAGAACAGACGUAAGGACAAGGAAGAGCUUAAGGAGAAGUUCGACCAACUUCAACAACAUAGCGAAGGCCGGAUGGAAGAAUGUCUCGACAGAGCUCGUCUACUUGAUCAGGACAUAUUGGACAAACUCAAUCCGGAGUUGCUGAACAUUAAGGCCUGCAAGGAAGCCUGCCCAGCUCCAGAGGAUCCGGAAAAGCGUGUUCGCCUCUUCUCCGAGCAUUGGUCGCGGGUGUCCAGCAAAACCAUCAGCAAUCCCCAGCGUGUGGAGGUGGUGCGGCUGCCUGGUUCUCAUGGCUGUGGCAAUAUCAGCAGGCCGCUUCCUGUCUUCCCUGCUGGCCUACUGCAAAUGCGUGAGCUUCUGCCAAAGCUCUUCAGCGGACAUUGCGACAUGGGUGAGGUCCAGGACUGGGCUCACAAGACCAACUUCAUUCUGAUAGACCUCAGCAUUGGCCAGGCCCUGCUGGUCGGCACCGGCGUAGAGCUUGUUACACCUGACUCCUCCUUGGGGAGCUUCAAGGACGACGGGUCCAACGAGGCAGCUCCAGCCUUACAAGGCAGUGAUUACUUGCUCCAGGCCCAACGCUUGAGUCGCUGGCUUCGCAAGCUGCCCAACACCCACCGUGGUUGGAUUGUGGUCGCUGAUGAGGCGCUCUCCCUUUGGCAGCAGCGCUUUGUGCGAUCAGGCCGGCGAUAUCCGUUGCUAUCUCCCGCUUGCAUCUCCAGGGUCACGGCACAUGGAGGACAUAAGUUUCGCGUCACUCCAGGGACAAAGUGGUGUGGCGAUGCAGGGUGGAGCCAUGUCGAUUUUUUCCCGGUCCUUCGUUCAGGAACCAACAUUCCAGCAGAGAAACGGGUGCCCAUUUGCAUCUCCUUCAACAAAGUUGGCUACUACUACCGAUUUGAGAAUUCUGUGAGGGGCUGUAUGGGCAAGCACCGGCCAACUGGAACUCAUUGGACACAUGCCCACACAAUCUACACUUCGCGGGAUGCCACUGGCCAAGCAUACUGCGUCGGGAUGAAGGAGGAUCGGGAACAUACGCGUUGGACGAUGCAGAAAGGCGACAUUUGCAGCAGCGAUGGCUUCAAACACAGCUUUGGAUUCCGAGCCAUGCGCAAUGACUACACUUCACCGUUGGCACCGUGUUGCAUUCUCGUGGCCUUGCAAUCUGAGCUUGGCUCCAAAGAGACGCCGUUACAACGAUUUGCAGCUGGCAAAGAGUGCGAGAGUAGCAGCGAGUGGAGGGUGGUUUACAAGCUGGUUCUUUGGUCCAAGCCGAUUGGUGCCGAACAUCACCGAAUGUGCUUGGCCGCUGGCAGCUCCGAGAAGGUGGCUGAAGAUGGGUCAGCAGCACGGGAUCCUCAUGAGGUCUUCCGUGUCUUUUACGACUCGGCCUGCGAAAAGAAGAGCUUGGUGACGUUUGAAGGUGAGCGCAAGUUCUAUUGGACCAUUAGCACGGAGAACCUUUUUCUGCCAGAAACUGCGACUGGAGUUCACCUGUGCCUUUGUCAUGUGGUGCUUUCCAAGUUGGCAUCUCCGCAGGAAUCCGUGAAGAAGAAGGACAUGCCAUUCUACACCUGGGUCGAGUCAAAGUGCCCACGGGGUGCAAAGAAGGAGCUAUGCUUCAACACCCUUGAGCCUUCAGAUGUGCUGAACGCGGUGCAUUUGGUUGAUGAAAUUGUUUAG